AUGAAAGUGAAGCAAUCUUACGAUGAAUUACAUGAAACGAGAUUUGAAGAAAAUGAAAUAGAAAAAAAGCUUGAAAUUGAACAGGAGUGUGAACGGGAUGCACCAGCUGAGUCUUCAAUCGAAACGAUCGCCGAUGCACUUCACUUUGAAAUAAACAUAAAUGGGAAGCCUAAACAUGCCCUAACGUCGUCGUCCGCGACGGCGUACAGCGAAGUCAAAACCUCAACGGUCAAGGCGAAAAGAAUGGCCACUGAAGAAAACGAAGAGGGGCAGAUAAUAAACCCCUUCACAAUGCUCCUCCUAAACGAUGACGCCGAACCCGGACCCUCCACUACCCUAAACGAGGGUGCACCGAAUCACCACCUGCUCCAAAACCAUUCUCUCCCUUCCAUUCAGUCAACGCUCACCAUUCGCCAGCUACCUUCUGAGGGCCUCUCCUUCCAGCUCUGGCCCGCCGCCACCUCCCUCGUCUCCCUCCUCGAUCGCCACCGCGCCGACCCUCUCUCCAGCCCCCUCUUCGCGGCGCUCCAGGGCCGCCGCAGGAUCCUCGAGCUCGGAUCCGGCACCGGCAUCGUGGGGAUCGUCGCCGCAGCCACUCUCGGCGGCCACGUGACCCUCACGGACCUCCCUCACGUGGUUCCCAAUCUCCAAUUCAAUGCCGACGCGAACGCGGGGGUGAUGGGGCCCAGUGGCGGGAAAUUAACCGUUGCGCCUCUGAGGUGGGGCCACGAUGAUGACGUGGAAGCGAUCGGGCGGGAGUUCGAUCUUAUUCUGGCGUCGGAUGUAGUGUAUCACGAUCACCUGUAUGAGCCUCUGCUAAAAACGCUGCGUUUGAUGAUGCUAAGUAAGGGUGCGGAGAGAGAGGGGAACGAGAAGAUGGUGUUUGUGAUGGCGCACAAGAAGAGGUGGAAGAAGGAAUCGGCGUUUUUUAAGAAGGCGAAGAAGCACUUCCAUGUUGACGUUUUGCAUACUGAUACUCCUUGCCAUGGAACUAGGGUUGGCGUCGUUGUUUAUCGUUUCGUUGGGAAGGGAUAG